AUGGAGCCGGGCGAGCUGCCGGCGGAUCUGACCGUCGCACACGCGGACCGCGUCGACGUGGUUGUCGACGACGCGCCGGACCGCGCACCCGCUGACGUGGCGGCGAGGGAGCGCGAGUGGAGCGGCGAGGGCGGGCGGCGCGCGUGCGGCGAUAGGGCGAGCGGCGAUCGCGCGUUCCAGUGGCUGCUGGCGCCCGUGUCGCCCGCGCGGUUCUACGAGCAGUGGUGGGAGCGCCGCGUGGGCCUCGUGCUUCGCCCGCUCAGCAGGUUGGAGUACUACGGGGGGUGGUUCGGGCGUGCUGACGUGGACAAGCUAUUGAGGGCGGGCGUGCUGCGCUAUGGCACCAACAUCGAUGUCGUGCGGUACAGUGCGGUGCACGGCGGUGCACGGGAGACGCUUAAUGGGGAGGGCGUGGCAGACGCGGAGAGGGUGUGGGGGUUGUUCGAGAGCGGGUGCUCGCUGCGAGUGCUGCACCCGCAGCUGUGGAGCGACCACCUGUGGCUGCUGCUGGGCGCGCUGGAGCACCACUGGCAGGGCAACGUGGUUGCGCACGUGACCAUGUGUGCAGGCCAUCAUGUCGCACUCUGUCAAGUCGCAGCAUGCACACCAGUGCGCCCACUGCCACGGGCGCCCACUGCCGCGGGUGGCUACUCUUUCAUGCCGCAGCUCACCUGCUUCCUCGCAGUUACCUCGCUGCAACCAACCACCGCACCACUCGCCCGCUCCCAUCCCAUCUCUCACCACCCUCACUCACGCGCACGCUGCAACGUGUACCUGACCCCGCCGGCAUCGCAGGGUUUCAGCCCGCACUACGAUGACAUCGAUGCCUUCGUGCUGCAGAUCGAGGGGUGCAAGCGCUGGCGCUGCUACCAGGGGGUCAAAGGGGAGCAGGAGGAUGGCGAGGACGAGGACGAGAACGCAGGGGAAGGGGACAGGGAUGGUGAGAGGGGGGACGAGGAGGCAGGGGGGGAGGAGGGGUUGCUGCCGCGCUUUUCGAGUCGGGAUUUCCAGCAGCAGGAGCUGAUACAGCCGCCCAUUCUGGAUGUGGUGCUGCGCCCGGGCGACCUCCUGUGA